UAAGAGCAGACGGAGCUCAAAUUCAUUUCUGCUGGUGUUGGGGGCACAGCACGUUGCAAGAGCCUAACGUGACGCACAGGGAGCCGGGACAAACACACACACGCCGGACGGCUAUCAAAUGGAUUACCCCCCUGACACAGGCCUUUGAACUGUAACCCAGCCAGAACAAUACAGUCAGCAGAUGCACUGAGGAGCUGUACCAAACCCUUCAGAACUUCUCUGACACUUUGACCAAAAGAGGGGAAAAGUAGCUUUGAUUAAGUAGCUUGUUUUUUUUUUUUACGAGUCUUGCCUGAUUCAUUCAGAUUCACUGAGCAGAGGGACUUGGACUGGCAGAGCUGAUAAUGGGAAUAUUUGUUCUGGGUUAACAUUGGACAUCACCUGUCACUCUGCUGUGCCACUGGAGUGGAUCAGACUCACCAAGAGGAGAAGCAAAACACGACCACGAGAGUUAAGGACACGUGUGAGAAAGCUUACCAUGCACUGAGAACAAGGAAUGGAAAGCAUCAGCGUGGAAACAGACUGGGAUGGGUUAGCUCUCUCCUCUCUGGUCACCACGGGAAGGAGCAGCCUCUCCUCCUCGCCCCUGCUCGUCUCCGAGCUGAACUCGGUCAACGGCUCUCACAGCGGGGGGUCCUUCUUCGGGAUAUUCCCUGAUAAUGGCUCCAUCACCACACCUCACACCCUGCCCCCGCCCAGGACCAGGGACGAGGGCCUGGCCAGGGCGGAGAUCGCGGUGCUUGGGGUGGUGCUGGCUUUCGCCACCCUGGGGAACAGCUUUGUGCUGUGGGUGCUGCUGAGGAGGAGGAAGCACAAUGCACCCAUGCACGUGUUCAUGGUCAAUCUGUGUGUGGCUGACCUGGUGGUGGCGUUCUUUCAGGUUCUUCCUCAGCUGAUAUGGGACAUCACGGAGAGGUUUCAGGGACCAGACGUGCUUUGCCGGGCCAUCAAGUACUUGCAGAUAGUGGGCAUGUUUGCUUCGUCUUAUAUGAUAGUUGCCAUGACAGUAGACCGGCACCAUGCCAUCUGCUGCCCGUUGCAGGCCUACAGAGGGGGAGAAAUGUCCCGCUGGAACACCCCUGUCAUGGUGGCCUGGGCUCUGGCACUUGUCCUCAGCAUACCGCAGGUGUUCAUCUUCUCCCGCUCGGAAUUGACUUCGGGAGACUUCGAGUGCUGGGGUAAGUUCGCUGAGCCGUGGGGGCUGAAGGCCUACAUCACCUGGAUGGCUGUGGCUGUCUUCAUCCUGCCCGCCCUCAUCAUUACCAUCUGUCAGAUAAGGAUCUUUAGAGAGAUUCACAACAACAUCUACCUGAAGUCGGAGAGGACGGUGAUGGCCGAGAUGAAGAAGAGCAAAAUCCUCUUCCGCUUCCGCAGCUUCAAGAAGGAUGACGAGCGGGCGAAAGAGAGAGGAAGACGAGCAUCUGGAGGGGCGGGCAGGGACGGGCGAGGGCCGCAGCCCUUGAAGGGUGUGAAUACCAGCCCUCACAAUAACAUGCUCAACAGCCAAGCGGGAGAGUGUUACGAUUAUGCACCGGCUGCCAUCCAGUACAACAGUUGUCGUGGUGAACAUGCGCCAACAGCAACAACACAACAGCAGCAGCAAACAGUGAACAGCCCAGAUUGCCAGGACUCCUACACGUCCUACGUGCUGAUGUCAGGCUCGCCCCGCUGCUCCCUUGACUACGUCCCCCCUCCCCGACCAUCCACUCCCCCUCCGAGCAUCACUAAAGCCAUGUCCAAGACCGUGAGGAUGACUCUGGUCAUUGUGCUGGUCUACACUAUCUGCUGGUCCCCAUUCUUCAUCGUUCAGCUGUGGGCAGCCUGGGACCCCAACCCUCCUGACCAAGGAGUGGCCUUCACCCUCCUGAUGCUGCUGGCCAAUCUGAACUCAUGCACAAACCCAUGGAUCUACACAGCCUUCUCCAGCAGCGUGUCCCGAGAGCUGCAGAACCUGCUGCACUGCUGGUCGCGACCCGGCCGCCGGGGCUCCCUGCCGGACGACUCCACCACAACACACACCUCCACCAAGGACAGCCUGUACUGACAGAGGCUGAUGAGACAGCAACAUGACAUGUUUGAAAAGACACGCAUGGCUGCACGUGUGCUCGUAGCAAGGACGCCACACCAACACCACCUCCAGCAUCUCAGCCCUGACAGCGGAGAGUGCUGACCUCCACCAGAUGUUUCCAGCAACAAAGGACAGCUGUACUGUCAACAAGAUCUCUGCCUUUAAUCACCUGUCCUCUUCCCCCCCAGUAAAGAAGGGUGUCAUUGAACAUGUCAACACCAUUUUAUGAGGUCAUAUCCAGUGGAAGUCAGCAUCAGACAGCACCUGCAAUACAAAAUGCCCUUGACAGUAAAGACAGGUUCAACUGUAGCUGCUUAGUAUAGAGCCCUUUGCAUUGAUCCACACCCUCGCCCUGUUCAGACAGAGCAGAGCAGCAGGAAUGCAGAGGGUGGAUCGCUGCAUUAAUGGCCUUACGGCACGCCUAAUGUACAAAGCUGUGGGUGUAGAGAAAACAAAGCGGCGGGCUGAAGGAAAAAAGAGAGAGAGAGAGAGAGACAGAGACAGACAGAAGGGAAGACUGCUGUUGGACUGAGAACUGACAGGGGAUGACAUGGAUGUUUCAGCUGCAGGAGUGGUCCUGAGAAAGCUGUGGUCGAAAUCUAAUAAUGUGAACAAACUUUGUUAAAUCAAAGAAAGCGGAUUAGAGACGGAUGCUUGAGGCUGAAUUCAUAUUCGCUCAGGAGGAAUCGGGUUACGAAGAACAAUAGUGAUUUAUGAGAGAGACGGACGGAGAUUCACUCGUGAGAACAGUGUCCCCCCUCCCCCUCCCUUCUCCCCCAUGUGAGGAACUGGAGAACUGUGGAUUAAUGCAAAACACACACGCACACACACUCCCUCUCAAAGUAACAGACAGUGAGGGUUAAGCUCCUGGACAUUUCAGGUUUCCACAACCAACCAGGACAACAAUUAUGUGAUUGUAUUUCAUACAAACACAACAAUGAGGUACAUAAAAUUACCAUCCUGUCGGGCUCUCCUGACAGCACGAGUCAAGAACACCAACGUAACGCAGGAGACGCAGCAUGGAAACAAACAACAAUGAUUCAGCAGCAUUCCAGUGAUGAACAAUGUACAGUAUAUUUAUUGAAAAUGUAAGGCACAUUAGAUUAUAUGACAUUUUGAGUUGAAAAGUUGAAAUGUUGAAUCAUUCAGUUGUUAUGGUCCGACAUGUGUAAGAGAAAAAACCAUUUAAGGAGACGUCAAACCAAAGUUUUUGUUUUGUAAAGCUGUACUGUAGAAUCUUUUCAGGUCUUAAAAGUAGAGCUAAUUCAAAGCUUCAACAGAUAUGCACGGACAUUUCAAGGUCAAAGUGAAACACAUCGUUCAGACUACAAGUCGAUUUAAGGAAAAACUUAAACAGUGAAAAUACUCCCAGUUAAAGCCAAGUGCCUGUAAAUGCCAGUGGACCUUUUUUUUAGAGGGGCCUCCCUCGCUGGAUUAAUCUUAUUCUGAGACGAAGUAACCGCAGAGCAGGGAUCACUGACUGUGUUAUAUUUCACCAUGAGCCAUGUGUUCUUCUAUCUUUUUAUUUAUUGUUGCAUAAAUGAAACUACACACAUAUAUCAGUUUCUGUUAUUGCCUCACAUUCACCGUUAUUGUGCAUAUAGAGUAGUGUGUUAUGGCCCUAAACUGCAUGACAGAUAAAAUAGUUAUAUAUAGUUAUAUUUGUUUUGAUAAAAGUGUGAUUAUAUAAGCUACUGCACAUACAGUGGGUGUAUAUAUGUAUGAAAAGAAAUUAGACGUUCCUUUAACACUGAGCCAGUGUAGCACAUGUUUUUUUUUCCUUGAGGCAGCAGUGUUAUGAGAGUCUGCCGGACAAUGCUGGGAUGCUUUCAAGGUGUCUCAGGAAUACUCGUCUGGUUCGAAGGAGAAGCCGCCUCACCUUUUCCUCUGUGCAGCCCGGGUGUUUGGGCUGUCGGCACGCCACUGCGCAUUUGUUCCCCAGACACAAGCUUUUGACUUUGAUUCUCCGCCAAAUGGAGGAUCUGCAGCCACGGCGUCCCUUUUCUCACUUUGUUAUAUCAGGAAAUAGAUGAACUUCUCCCAAACCCUGGGGGUGUUCAUGAAUUUUCAUCUUCCUGUCAGGAAGUUGAGAGGUCAGAGGAUGAUUCUUCUCCGCUCAAAGGGGCCAGACUUUCAGAUCCAUCCAGCCUUUUCAGCUUUGUGGGAGAGGCCCAGCACACUUUGCCUGUGCAUUACUCUGCCUGUAAAGCCAUUAGUGCAGCAUUACGGUGGCUAAAUAAUGAAUGCAUUCAAUAUGAAGAGUUUUCUGGCACAAACACUUUUCAAUAUCCACUAAAAUUAGACCGAUCAUUGCAGAGAAUUACCCCCGUGACUCUGUCUUGUUUCCUGAGGACAGAAGACCUGAUAGUAGUUAUUAUCACUACAACCACCAUCGCCCUCCCUACCUGUCAGAGCUUGUGAUGUACGGUCUAUAGGGUAGGUCGUUUUUGUAAUCCUGCAGUGUGUGUCGGCCAGUGUAUGUGUGUUUAUGCUGAAUGUCCUCCUGGUCUCCAUACUGGUUUCCAUACUGUAACAUGGUUGAUGUCGAAGCUCAAGGUCACGUCUUCAUUGCUGUGGGGGAGCGCUUCCUGCCAGUGGCCCGCAAACGGGGUGUAUGAGAAACAAAUGACCCAGCUGUGUGACUGUCGCAUAAGGGCAGCGGAAUAGGUGAACUUCCCUCUUGAAAUCAAUUGAGGGUCAGCCAAAGAGAACAUCUAAUGGCUCUGAAGGAUGACACAGCCCCCCAAGCCUUGACCAAAGUCGGUAUAAAUCAGACCUGGAGCCUGGAGCUUUAUACACUAAGCAAUGUGUCUGCAUUGCUUAACUCAAGACCCCUCCACAGAUCUGAGGAGUGCCGAGGCCGCUGCUAAGCUCAUUCCAAGACACCGGGAGGCGUUUCUGGCCCUCGCCGACUCACACAACCCAGCCCAGCGUCUGUGUUUGCAGAGCGUGUUGGAGCAUAAUAGUUUGUAAUCACCUGGAGCAAAAGAAAAAUGAGCCUUAUCGUGCCUAUUAUUUUCUUUGUUUCACGUUUGUUUAUCUUUUUCAUCAUCUGCCUUUAUUUCCAACACACCCUAUGACUGCAGCUGUUUUCAGGGGGAUUUAUGCCAAAUAUAGCUACGCUUCCAUUUUCAUUGGCUGCAUUUAUGAUCCGACACAAAAUCUUACCUCAGCAUUGACUGUUUUAAAGGGUUUAUUUCUCUGAGAGCCACGGGAUCAAGGCUUUGCUUUUUUAUCACUCUCACCAACCUUGUUUUCAUUACUUAAAGCGUGGCUGUAUUUACACCUCGACGAGAGCCUGCAGUUUCUUUUCCCUCGUAGUAAAAACAGGCAUGUGGACGAGCGUCUGAUAAAACCCAUUUAAUGGGAGCUCAUUCCACAUGCAUUCACAGGAUUUCGGUACAAAGACACAGUUGGUUGUGAUGUUUCUGCUCCUGUUUAACCUUUAGUGUUUCAAGGGUCAUGGCCAGGCAUGAGACGAAGCACAAAAAUGAAAAAUAAAUCUCUGUUGGAACGGUUGACAUUUUUGUGUGAAAUAUGGAGAGGGUGUCUUAUACGGUGGAGGACAAGCCUUGUACAAAAUAAAAGAGGAAAGAGGAAAAAAACUAUUUCCUCUUAAAUGGUGAAAGACUGGUGCUUGACUUUAACUGCAGUGAUAGGCGUAGCGGAUGAGAGGAUGCACAAGGAGGACAGGAAGAGGGAGAUAAGAGAGAGAAAGGUUUAUUCACUCCAAACACAGUCAGUCUAUUGUGGUUGAAGCAGCUAUACAUGCCCCACUGUACAUACACAUCCAUGUAAUAACUGGAACAAUAACUGUUAUUAUAGUGUAAGAAAGGGGAAGCCAGCGCCUGUUUUCUGAUUACUUAGUCAGCUCGCGGUUUGUUGACCUUGUUUCUGUUAUGCAAAAAGUUUUAAAGAACCAGCAGUGGACACAAUGUUUAUGGCAGAGACAGAGUGUGACUUCAUGUGAGAAUCAUUUGUGCGACGCCAGUUUCCACAUUGCUGCAUCUCACUAAGCCCAUCCGAGUCUGCCGCCGGAGCUGGUGUGUUACACACCUCUGUCAAGGCUGCUUUUCUCUGCCUCACAGCACACACACACACACACACACACACACACACACACACACACACACACGAGGGAGAGCGAUCUGUUACAGUAACUCCUAUUUCUCUGUAAAAUGUUAUAAUCAUAAAAAUAAGCACAUGUAUAUAUGCAUACCCUCUUAAAACAAAGUUACAAAGUACUUUGCUUUGGUCAAUUAAGAUUAAACUUACUGUUGUUGUAUAAUUACAUAAAAUAAAUGUAAUUCUUAUUUGUU